AACAGCAGACACUGUGCAUUCACUUGGCUCUGCACUUGCUUGGUGAUACGUCACAACAGUUGCGCUUCAGCCGAGAAAUCGAGGCAACUAUGGAUGAAGCAGUGUCGAGACUAGUGUUUUACGUGAACGGUAGCAAGGUGGUGGAGGACACGGCGCAACCUGAAUGGACCCUCCUGUUCUACCUGCGCAAUCAGUUACGACUGACUGGAACGAAGCUUGGCUGCGGUGAAGGAGGAUGUGGAGCCUGCACUGUCAUGAUCUCUCGUUACGACCGAACAACCGAAACGAUUAUGCACUACGCUGUCAACGCUUGCUUGACCCCGAUAUGCGCCGUGCACGGCUUGGCUGUCACCACGGUGGAAGGUAUCGGCCAACCAGGCGAUGUGGAAGGCCAGCGAAAACAACACAAGAGGCGCCUGCAUGCCGUCCAAGAACGUCUAGCCAAAGCUCAUGGUUCUCAGUGCGGCUUUUGCACCCCAGGCUUCGUCAUGUCCAUGUAUACGUUGCUCAGGAGUAACAAGACAGAGUUGCCCUCUAUGGCGGAAGUGGAAGAAGGUUUCCAAGGUAACCUCUGUCGCUGUACUGGAUACAGGCCAAUUUUAGAAGGAUGCCGUACUUUAACAAGGGACGGGUGUUGCGGUGGUCAGGCAAACGGCAAUGGCUGCUGCAUGGACCCGAUCAACCAAAGUAAUGGGGAUGUCGUCAAUGGUCAUGCGAAUGGGAACGGUGAAACGAUUCAAAGACCUGUUAGCACAACCCUGACCAAUCCUUCUGCUUUCGAAGAAUCAUACUCUGAAAAGCAAGAGCCCAUCUUCCCGCCGGCUCUUCAGCUUUCGGAUGAAUUGGACAAGCAAUAUUUAGUCAUCAAGGGAGAGCGCGUCACGUGGUACCGACCAGUCAAAUUGGGACAACUGCUUAAGCUGAAAUCCGAGUUUCCUCACGCUAAAGUUGUGGUGGGCAACACCGAAGUGGCUUUGGAAAUGAAAUUCAAACAUUGCGAUUAUCCCGUUCUAAUCAGUCCAGUCAUGAUUACCGAAACGCUGGCUGUGGAACGGACUGAAGAUGCCCUGCUAUUCGGCGGGGCCGUCACUCUGUCGACGUUCAAAGAAAUGCUGGAACAUGAAGUCAAAAAAGAGCCCCAAGAAUCGACGCGAUUCUUUUCAGCUUUGAGUCAAAUGCUUCAUUGGUUUGCGGGUAAACAGAUUCGCAACGUAGCGGCCAUCGCAGGGAAUAUCAUGACGGGCAGCCCCAUUUCGGAUCUGAAUCCGCUCUUCAUGGCAGCCGGAUGCAUGCUUACGUUACAGAGCCAAACAAAAGGCAUCCGCUACGUUAAGAUGGAUCAACAUUUCUUCACUGGCUAUCGGCGUAAUGUUGUCCAGCCAGAUGAAAUCCUGUUGAAAAUUGCUGUUCCACGCACGAAGCCGGACGAGUAUGUUAAUGGAUACAAACAGUCACGUCGCAGAGAGGAUGAUAUAGCCAUCGUUAACGGUGCCUUCCGGGUUCUUUUCCAUCCUGAAUCCAGCAAAAUUCAGGAGAUUUCCAUGGCUUUUGGUGGCAUGGCACCCACUACUGUUAUGGCUAUUGGAACAAUGGAAAAACUGGCUGGUCGUUGCUGGGAAGAAGAUUCUUUAGUGGAAGAUGUUUGCCGCUUUUUGCUGGAAGAUUUGCCGUUGUCGCCUUCCGCACCGGGUGGAAUGAGUUCCUAUCGCCAGUCGCUUUGCCUCAGCUUCUUCUUCAAAUUUCAUCUCUACGUUCUGAGAGAUUUGAUCGCACGGAACAUCGUGACCAGCUUCAUCGCGGAGAAACUGUCUGGCGCUGAACUAGAUAUCGAACGCGGGCGAUUCAAAUCCGCUCAGUUGUUUGAACUGGUGCCUAAAGACCAGCCAGAUUUAGAUCCAGUAGGUCGACCAUUGGCUCACGUAGCAGGGGAGAAACAUGUAACGGGUGAAGCCCUCUACUGCGAUGAUUUACCACCAGUCGCCGGUGAGCUCCACAUGGCCCUCGUCUUGAGCAAUCAGGCCAAUGCAGAGAUCGAUUCGAUUGACCCGUCUGCCGCUUUGGCGCUAGAAGGCGUCCAUGGCUUCUUCUCCGCCAAGGAUAUCGACCCAGGUCGAAAUAUCUUCGGACCCAUUAUCCAUGACGAGGAAGUAUUUGCGUCGGAAAGAGUCACCUGUUGCGGUCAGGUGAUCGCUUGCGUAGUGGCUGACAAUUUAGCGCUGGCCCAGAGGGCCAGCCGUCUCGUUAAAGUAACAUACCGCCCAUCAGCCGGCCCAACCAUUAUCACCAUUCAAGACGCCAUUGACAAUAAUUCUUUCUAUGAAGGUCAUACCCGCCAGAUAAUCAAAGGAAAUGUGGAUGCCGCUCUGCCCAAUACCCAGCACGUCUUGGAAGGAACGUUCCAAAUGGCCGGUCAAGAACAUUUUUACCUGGAAACGCAGGCCGUUUUGGUAGUACCUAAAGGUGAAGACGGAGAAUUGGACGUCACGUGUUCGACACAAAAUCCGUCUGAAGUGCAACAAGUCGUCGCAGAAGUUUUAGGCUUACCGGCCAAUCGCGUCGUCUGCCGAGUUAAACGGAUGGGCGGUGGAUUUGGUGGUAAAGAAACCCGUUCUGCUAUGCUGGCCGCUCCGGCAGCCGUGGCCUCUUUCCGACUUCAAAGGCCUGUUCGCUGCAUGCUGGAUCGUGACGAAGACAUGAUGAUCACUGGAACACGCCAUCCGUUCAUGGCUCGUUACAAAGUCGGAUUUGAUUCAACGGGUAAAAUAACCGCACUAGACGUCCAACUCUUCUCCAACGGAGGUAACACGAUGGAUCUUUCUCGCGGCAUCAUGGAACGCGCCGUCUUCCACAUCGACAACGCCUAUCAAAUCGAUAAUUUACGCUGUCACGGUAUCGUCUGCCGGACGAAUUUACCUUCUAAUACGGCCUUCCGUGGUUUCGGCGGACCGCAAGGAAUGGCCGUUAUCGAAAACGUAAUGACUGACGUAGCCACGUACCUCAACAUGGAUCCUUUGGCUGUACGAUCGCUCAACUUGUACAGAGAGGGCGACGAAACUCAUUACAAUCAACGGCUAGAGUACUGCACGCUGGAUCGCUGCUGGAGUGAAUGCCAGGCGCUAGCUCGCAUGGACCAACGCCGAAAGGAAAUAGACAAUUUCAAUCGAACCCAUCGGUUCAAGAAGCGUGGAAUGGCUCUGAUUCCCACCAAGUUCGGCAUCGCUUUCACGGCGCUCUUUUUGAAUCAAGCCGGAGCUUUAGUGCACGUUUACAAAGACGGAUCGGUGCUGUUGACUCACGGUGGAACGGAAAUGGGUCAAGGAUUGCAUACGAAAAUGCUCCAAGUGGCAAGCCGAUCGCUUAAUAUUCCUGUCGAUUUGAUAUUCAUAUCGGAGACGUCGACAGAUAAAGUCCCUAACACGUCGCCGACCGCAGCCAGCGCUGGAUCAGACCUCAACGGAAUGGCCGUCCUCAAUGCCUGCCAAAUUCUGAUGGAUCGAUUGGCGCCCAUUCGCAAAGCAAAUCCUGAAGGAACUUGGCAACAGUGGAUCCAGGAUGCCUAUUUUCAGAGAAUCAGUCUGUCAACAACAGGCUUUUACAAAACUCCAGACAUUGGUUAUGACUUUGUAACCAACAAAGGAACUCCGUUCCGCUACUUUACCUUCGGUGCGGCUUGCUCCGUUGUCGAAGUGGAUUGUCUGACGGGCAACCACAGAGUAUUGAGGACGGACAUUGUAAUGGAUCUUGGAGAAAGCUUGAACCCAGCCAUUGAUAUAGGCCAAGUCGAAGGUGGAUUCGUUCAAGGGCUAGGCUUGUUCACUCUAGAAGAACCACUUUUCUCACCGAGUAACGGCCAGGUCAUUACUCGCGGACCAUCCAAUUACAAGAUACCGUCAGCUGAUGACAUUCCCGAAGAGUUUAAUGUUUCUCUUUUACGGGGAUGUCCUAAUCCGCACGCUGUUUACUCUUCCAAAGCGGUUGGAGAGCCGCCUUUGUUUCUAGCAUCCAGUGUCUUUUUUGCGAUUAAAGACGCCAUCCACUCGGCUAGGACUGAAGCUGGUAUCACUGGCAAUUUCACUAUAAACUCGCCGGCUACGUCCGAACGCAUCCGCAUGGCCUGCGAAGACGAUCUGAUUCGAAAGGUUUCGAAGCCUGCGUCAGGUGCUUUUCAACCAUGGGCGGCGUCGGUUUAGUUCAUACCUGACCAACGCCACGAUAAACGGCCUAGUACUCGUCCGAUUUAGGCGUCGUGCGUGUCUAACGCAUUGGUUUAUUUGGUAUAGAAUUUAUAUACGCACAACAGCUGUAAAAUCUUUAUAGGUCUAUGCGUUGCUCAAUAAUAGUGCAGUUUAUACGCGAA